ACAAAAGAGUGACAACACAAAAUGACUAAAUUCUGUUCAAGAGAAGAGAAGAGAAGAGAAGAGAAGAGAAGAGAAGAGAAGAGAAGAGAAGAGAAGAGAAGAGAAGAGAAGAGAAGAGAAGAGAAGAAGCUGAGCUGAUUUGACUCCCACAUGUAAGGCACUAUGGACCACACAGCACAUCUGUCUUCUGAUCCAGAUUUGUGGCAAAAUGGCACCUUCUUGUUCCACUUGACGGCUGACAACACCAGCUCCAUUUACACAGCUGUUAUGUCACCAGUAAUUGACAAAACUAUCAGCAUACUUAUGAUAAUUGUCUUAUUUAUCACCAUGGUUUCAAUGGGAUGCACUAUGGAGGUGUCCAAGAUCAAGCAUCACAUAGUGAAACCUAAGGGGGUGGCCAUUGCACUUCUGGCGCAGUAUGGUGCCAUGCCUCUCACAGCUUUUUGCUUAGCUAAGGCGUUCCAGCUGCCUGAAAUAAUGGCUGUAGUGGUUCUGAUUUGUGGCUGCUGUCCUGGAGGGGCUAUCUCCAACUUACUGGCUCUGGCUCUGCAGGGUGACAUGAACCUCAGCAUUGUGAUGACUUCGUGCUCCACAUUGCUGGCUCUGGGGAUGAUGCCGCUGCUGCUCUACCUUUACUGUCAGGGCUUCUCCAACCUGCAGAAUGCUGUGCCCUAUGUUGACAUCAUCAUAUCACUGGUCUUGAUCCUGGUGCCCUGCGGUGCCGGCAUCCUCAUCAAUUACUUCAGGCCACAAUACUCGAAGACCAUCACCAAGGCAGGAGUCACUAUAAUGAUGAUCUCUGCUGUGGUGGUCACCAGCAUUACCAUCGCUGGAGUUGGAGGUUCCAUCCUGACUGUGCUGUCUCCUAAUCUCAUGGCCAUCGGUGCUCUCAUGCCCUUCAUAGGCUACUCCUUUGGAUACGUCAUCUCCUCACUCUUCAGACUCAGUAAGCCGGAGCGGAGAACGGUUGCUAUGGAAACAGGCUGUCAGAACAUCCAGCUGUGCUCCACCAUACUGAAGGUGGCCUUCCCCCCAGCAGUGAUCGGCCCUCUGUUUCUGUUCCCCAUGCUGUACGUGUUUUUACAGCUGAUAGAGGCGCUGGUGCUCAUCGUGCUGUUUCGGUGUCACCAAAGAUUCACAAGAAAAGAGAAAGAAACGUACAAGCUGGCAACCACUGGAGAAACUCUGAAAGAUUCUUCUGCAGGGACUGUAUGAUGGAUGGUCCUCAAACACAGCUCAUACAUGUUCUAUUAAAAAACAAAGAACAACUCAUGUCUUCAGUCAGAAUGUUUCAGAGACUGCAGACCACAUUAUAUACAGACUUUACUCUAGACUGAGCAGAAAAAGCUUGCAGUCGACUACGAGGUCACCUGAGCUACCUGAAACAAAUGAAAACGAUGUGAAACCACUCUUUGCCAAGUCAUUUUUGAGAUGCUGACUAUUACCUAUAUUCAGAAUGUAUCCAUUAAUUUUAGUAAUUUAGUAAUUUCAUUACUAACAUGUAACGAGCACAAAAUUUAUGGAAUCAUGGUUUAGUUAAAAUUGUUUUAUUGGUUAAAUCUACUGUCUUCCUACAUCAUACAAACAUCCAUCAUAUUUUUUCACUGAAAAUAAAAUCCUCAUGUACAAAAAUGUGUUUUUCCAAACUUUUGUUUACAUGUUCAUUUGAACCACAGUAACAUCAGUCACAGUACCAACAUGUAUUCUUGGAAUUACAUAUAAACAGAAGUCUGCAAUCAGAACACAAACUCCUAAAUAAAAUUAAAUUUCAAAAAAGUAAAACAUCGCAA